GGCAACCGGAAGUGACGCCACCCCCAGGCCUUCCCGGCGGGGCGGGGCACAGUGACGCGUCAUGGUGGCACGGGAAGUACCCGCGGCAGCAUGGGGAAGCAGAAGAAGGCGCGCAAGUACGCGGUCAUGAAGCGGAUGAUCAGUCUCCGGGACCAGCGCAUUAACGCGAAGGACCGGGCGAAAGUCCCUGAGAAGAAGAAGGAGGACCCGAGCGCCAUCAAGGAGCGGGAGGUUCCCCAGCAUCCCUCUUGUUUGUUCUUCCAGUAUAACACACAGCUGGGCCCCCCUUACCACAUCCUCGUCGAUACUAACUUCAUCAACUUCUCCAUCAAGGCCAAGCUGGACCUAGUGCAGUCAAUGAUGGACUGCCUCUAUGCCAAGUGUAUUCCAUGUAUCACAGAUUGUGUAAUGGGUGAAAUUGAGAAGUUAGGACAGAAGUACCGUGUGGCUUUAAGAAUUGCCAAGGACCCUCGGUUUGAACGCUUGCCAUGUAUGCACAAAGGAACCUAUGCAGAUGACUGCUUGGUACAGAGGGUCACUCAGCACAAAUGUUAUAUUGUGGCCACAGUGGAUAAAGAGCUCAAGCGGAGAAUACGAAAAAUCCCAGGAGUGCCUAUAAUGUAUAUUUCCAGACACAGGUACAAUAUUGAGAGGAUGCCAGAUGAUUAUGGAGCUCCUCGAUUCUAACCUGUCCAGCCAAGCUAUCAAUGCCAGGACUCUUAGCCAGGAUAAGGGUCCUUCUGGUUUCAACCCUCCUCCUUUCUUUUUUGCUGGGAUUCUGCUCAUAGGACUGUGGGUGACAUCAGACUGACUUCAUAGCCUUGAUCAUCUAAGAAAAAUCUACUUGGAAGAGUCUGUUUUUAUUCAUCCUUAUUCUGAUUACCUAUAGCUGGGAGAAGCAUGUGGGAAAGAGAGGAUGGCAGUGCCCAGAAUAUGCCUAACUCCCUUUUCAUUGGGGUCAUUGGAUUUUAGCAUUCUGAAUUAAAUAUUGGUGAUGCAA